AUGGAACUUAUUCAAUCGCAGAAAGGCAAAGAUUUACUGUUGAGCGAUGGGUACCGGUAUCGUAAGGCGAGAACUAAUACCGAUGGCAGUGUAUCAUGGAGAUGCGCCGAGACACCUUGCCGAGGACGUGUCAAAGUGUCAUUGGAAAAUGUCGUGGUAAAUGUGACUCGACACAGUCAUGCUCCAGAUCCAGCUAAAAAUGAAGCAAAAAAAUCUGUGUCUAAUAUGAAAAGGCGAGCAGCGGACACCCUUGAGAAACCAAGGCAGUUGAUUCAAGGAUCGACAAGAGGGAUAAAUUUGGAAUCAUCAGUCCAUUUGCCAUCGUACAAUGCAUCUCAGAGAACUGUUGAGCGUAUUCGGCAAAGGCGUGAAGUGUCGUGCCCAAACCCAGGCUCUGUUGCCGAUAUUAAUAUUCCUGUUGCACUACAAGUCACUUCAAGAAAUCUAAAUUUCUUGUUAUGGGAUUCUGGACAGAAUGAUCCUCAUCGCAUCUUCAUGUUUGGUACUGAAGAAAAUUUGGAAGUUUUAGAGGAGCACCGGCACUGGCACGUAGAUGGAACCUUUAAAGUAGCCCCACAAUUAUUUUUACAAGUAUUUACCAUUCAUGCAUUGGUAGAUAACCGUUCUAUUCCGUUGAUAUACGUGCUUCUACAGGAUAAACGAGAAGAAACAUAUGUUCGAGUGUUUCAAAAAUUGAUGGAGUUGAAACCCACUUUAAAUCCAAUAAGCUGCUUAUCCGACUUCGAGAAAGCGAUCCAAAAUGCAGUUUGCCAGGUAUUUCAUGGUGUUCAGGUGAUGGGUUGUUAA